AUGCAUAUUUACUUCAUUAUCUUUAUAUGUGCUAGUCCAACAUUAUGGGCAGCACGCACUUUUCGUCUUAAUAAUCAAUGUGGUCAAAAAAUAUGGCUUGGUAUACAAGGUCAACCUUUGAUUUACUCCGGUGGAGUUGAAGUUGAGGCUCGUUCAACAAAAGAUAUCAGCGUACCAGAUGGAUGGGUUGCCGGACGCAUUUGGCCAAGAACGAAUUGUCGAACUGUCAACGGCAAAUUUACAUGCACUACAGGCGAUUGCGGUGCACCAGCAAAUGGAUUUGGUAUGGGAUGCAACGGAAUAGGUGGCCAACCACCAGCAACACUCGCCGAAUUCACUCUAAAUGGAUGGGGUGGUUCAGAUUAUUAUGAUAUAUCGAAUGUCGAUGGUAACUCGAUGAGCAUGACUAUUCGACCCAUUCCUGGUCAGUUCACUCAGGUCAAUAAUCCAUCAUUGGGAAAAUAUAAUUGUGGCGCGCCAACGUGUAUAUUUGAUCCAAAUCGAUGCCCUCCAGAACUGCAAAUGGAUGAUGGAACAGGCCGUAAAGUAUGUGCCAGUAUCUGUGCUGCUAUUAACAAUGCCCAACAACGAGCACGAUUUACUCAUCUUCAAAAUAUUUACAAUAAUCCAGAUACUCGUUCGUUGGUUUGUUGUUCAUGUGAUGGAAAUCAUUGUGUAUCACCACAUGAUAAUGUAACACCAGGUGGUAAAUGUUACGUAGAACAAUGGCCACGUUCAACACAAAAUACACGUUAUGAUGAAAUUUUUAAAACUCAAUGUCCAGAUGCCUAUUCAUGGCAAUUCGAUGAUUUUGCUAGCACAUAUCAAUGUACAAAAGCAAAUUAUGAAAUUAUUCUUUGUCCUAGUGGUGAUAGUUCAGGAGGUGGUUCGACCGUGCAGUGGAAUGGAAAUAAUUGGGCCAUGUCGUGUGAUUUCCGUGGAAAUGAUCUAUCUAACGUCAAAAUUGCACCAGAACUUUGUGGUGGAAAGUGUGCUGAAACUCAACAAUGCACUCACUUUACAUGGAGUGGAUACAAUGGUGGUACUUGUUGGAUGAAAUCGGGUACAGUGUCCAAAAACGAUGCCAUCUCAACUAGUGAUUCAACUAUGGUUUGUGGCGUAGUGGAUAACAAGCAGCCAACACCAACUACUUCGACUGUUCAGUGGAACGGAAAUAAUUGGGCCAUGUCGUGUGAUUUCCCUGGAAGUGAUCUAUCUAACGUCAAAAUUGCACCAGAAUUUUGUGGUGGAAAGUGUGCUCAAACUCAACAAUGUACUCACUAUACAUGGACUCAAUAUAGCGGUGGUACUUGUUGGAUGAAAUCGGGUGCAGUUUCGAAAAACGAUGCCGUGGCAACCAGUGAUCCAACUAUGGUCUGUGGUGUAAAUUAA